GCCCGCUCCGCACAUCAUCUUUACCUUAGCUUCAGGGAGUGACUCUCCAUCUCCGCCGGUCAUCUCUGCAGCUCAAACAAAGAUUCAUCAGAUGCUUCAACAGCAAUGGUGAGCCUCCGACGACGACGCCCACCGGUCAUCUUUGCAGCUCGGAUCUGUUCUGCAUCGGUGCGCAUCGGCAUAUGUUCUUCAAGCAUCUCUUUGCAUCGAAUCUGGUCGCCUCUUUCAAUUGGUGCCGCCAAUCUUCUGGAUCUUCUCUUCUCCGCGUCUUCGUAGCCACGGUGUCCUCCUCCUCCAUCCAUUUUCGUCGUUGACUCAGUGGCCGACCUUAUCCAGUGGAGCCGCUGGCACGGCGGCCAUUUUUCACUCUGUCAUCCCAUAUGUGAACGGACGGCUUGGAAGGGAUAUGGACUGCUUGUGAAGGGGAUGGGCUGGGUAGGUUCCUGGAGGGGGUUGGGGGCUGAUGUGGGAGAGUGCUGGAGGGGAGCUGCGCUGGGGGCUAGGAAGCGUUCUGGAGGGGGCCGGGGUUGCUGGGGGAGCGUUCUGGAGGGGGCUAGGGCUGCUGGGGGUGAGGAGGAGGGCUGGGGGUCUGUGCAUGGGGCUGGUGGGCAAGGGGUGACGGCGGCCACCGCUGUGCAGCGGCAAUUCUUGUCGGCUGGAGGUGGCGGUCAAUGUAGGGUCCGUGCGGUACGACGGUGGUCAAUGGGUGGUGCUGCUAGUGUCGGGUGUUACUGGUCAAUGGCGGCAUCACUGUGGCGGUUUUACAGUGGCAGCGUCAUUAUGGCCGGCGGCGAUGACAAGCAGUGACGGUGGCAGCAGUGACACGGGCAAUGGUGACGACAGUGACAUGGCUGGAGGUAGUGACAUCUGACAGUGACAUGAAAAUUGGAUAGUGACAUGAAUAUUUGGAUGUCACUUUAUCUUAGUUACAUUUUUGUCCAAAUGGAAAUGUUUCCAUGAUUUAAAAUGAGUAAAUAAAUGGCAAGCCUUGAUUUAAUAUCUUAUCUGCGUAUUCAUACAUACGGAGUACAUAAUACAAUUGACAGGUUACGUAUUUAUAUUUAUUUUUGACACC